CUGCAUUGUUUCAUUGUUUCGCUGGGAUGACGACAGCGCCCCCGCGGAUUAUUUAGGCCACCUGGAAUCCGGACAGGACGAUGUAAAUGAGUGGGAGGGUAGACAGCGCCGUUCGGUUUCAGCAGAACAGUGGCACCCGUGCGGCGUUAACUUGGUUCGGCAGCGAGGAUGAGCGGACGCGUCGGAGACCUCAGCCCGAAGCAGGCGGAAGCAUUGGCUCAGUUUCGGGAGAGAAUUCAGGACAUUCUUCAACAACUGCCCUCUCAGCAAGACCAUUUCCUGCUCCGCUGGCUCAGAGCCAGAAGUUUCAAUGUGCAGAAGUCAGAGGCAAUGCUUCGUAAGCACCUGGAGUUCAGGAAACGCAUGAAAGUCGACACAAUAAUCACUGACUGGCGGCCACCAGAGGUGAUCACGCGGUACCUGGCUGGGGGGAUGUGUGGCUACGACCGAGAGGGAAGCCCAGUCUGGUACGACGUGAUUGGCCCACUGGACCCCAAGGGCCUCCUCCUGUCAGCCACCAAGCAGGACUUUAUCAAGACCAAGAUCCGUGACACAGAGCUGAUGCAGAAGGAGUGCGAGAGGCAGUCAGAGAAGCUGGGGAGGCAUGUGGAGUCCAUCACCCUGAUCUACGACUGCGAGGGACUGGGACUCAAGCACCUGUGGAAGCCUGCUAUUGAGGCCUAUGGAGAAGUACUCACCAUGUUUGAGGAGAACUAUCCCGAGGGCCUGAAACGACUGUUUCUCAUUAAAGCUCCCAAACUCUUCCCCGUGGCCUACAACCUCGUAAAGCACUUCCUGUGUGAGGACACCCGGCACAAGAUCAUCAUCCUGGGGGCCAAUUGGCAGGAGGUGUUGCGGAAGCACAUCGACCCCGAGCAGCUGCCCGCUGCCUAUGGCGGCAAGCUCACCGACCCUGACGGAGACCCCAGCUGUAAGACCUGGAUAAACUACGGGGGCGAAGUUCCGCGGUCGUACUACGUGCAGGACGCGGUGAAGAUGCAGUAUGAGCAGAGCCUCACCAUCAGCCGAGGCUCCUCCCAGCAAAUAGAAUACGAGAUCCUGCUCCCAGGCUCUGUGCUGCGGUGGCAGUUUGCAAGUGAUGGGGCGGACAUCGGCUUCGGGGUGUUCAUGAAGACUAAGGUGGGUGAGAGACAGAAGGCGAGUGAUAUGCUGGAGGUGGUGCCCAGUCAGCGAUACAAUUCCCACCUUGUGCCGGAAGAUGGCUCCCUCACCUGUGUAGACCCUGGCGUCUAUGUGUUGCGAUUUGACAACACCUACAGCGUCCUGCAUUCCAAGAAGAUCAGCUUCACUGUGGAGGUUCUGCUGUCCGACACCCAAUUACAGUCUUAGAGAAACAGGGGUGGAACCAGAACAGUGAUGGAAUUUGGCUCAAAGGCCAAUAACAUGAAAUCUUAUUUAACAGGUUAAUAAUAGGCCAUAUUCAUUUUUAUGUGAAACUAAUCUGGUCAAGGUUAAAUUGUGUUUAAUCCUGACAUUUGCAGUAAGAAGACACUGUGAACUUCUGAAGCGUGCAUUCUCUUUUCAAAUGUGCAGGAACACCUUGAGGAUGAACUCUUUAUGCGCAUACGUGAUGCUUUCUUCACUUCUUCUCCACUAUAACAUACAAUGUGUUUUCCAUUGUCAAUUUAGAAAUUAUUGCAAUGUUCUUUUAAGUAAUAAUAGUAUAAUUGAAUUCCCAAACCCAUCUGAAGAGAGAAUUACUUUUUAAACCGCAGUGCAAAGUGCAUUUCUGUGUUUUGUACCAUUCAUAUAGUUACCAUAGCUAGUUAGCUGUAUGCCUACCUCUUAAAAUUGCAUAAUAGUGGUAUUAUUUAUUUUUAAUUAGUAUAAAGUUGGAUGAUUUAAGCAGGCAAUUUCACAUUUACAAAACAUACUCUACUCUGCGUCUCAGUUAAGUGUCUCAUCCAUUGAAGGGUGCUGCACAUUGAUAGGAAACUCUUUGUCAUUACCACUUUAAUUGUUUCAUGUGAAGGCUUUUUUUUCUUUCUUGUUAAUGACAUCUGCCUGUAAAGAAAUUUUAGAAAGGUUAGAAAGAUUGCCAUGACUACACUUGCACAAUUUCUGCCAUCUUAGUUGGGUACACAGUAAAGGGAUUACAUUUCAUGUAGUAACACUAAAUAACCACGGCUUGAGUCAGCAAGGUAGUUUUAAUUAUAACCAGCAGUAUAUCUGAAAAGCAGAGCAUCAGGCUGUUUUUGUUCAUUCAGACCUGCUCAAGGCAAGUGUAGCAUUCCAAAGCGAUUGUGAUGAAUUUGUGAUGAAUUUGGUCCCUCACUGUUUUUCUGCUGGCUGCAUGUAUCUAAGUGGUGGCUGGUGUAUGUUCUCACACAGGCAAGUUUAUUGAGUCCGUCCGUCCGUCUGUCUGUCUGGAUGACUUUUGGGACAGUCCAUAGUCUGUUCUGUGCUGUUGCAUAUUUGCACAUACAGCUCCUCACAAUGGUUAUUUUAUCCUGAAAAUAUUUGUUGGAAGACACAUUGGUACUAAUAUUCUGGCUACUCAAGAAGUAGAUGAAAUAAGAACAGACUAUAUAGUAUGGUCAUAACCUUGAAAACAGUAUGUUUUAAAAUUAAAAUAGAGAUCAGUGUCAUUUUCAGCUACCACCAGGGACAACACACUCACUGGAGCAUUACGUAAAUACAAUUAGUGAAAUUCACUAACAAAAAGAAGUCAUUUCAAUAUGGAAAGACAGACAAGAUAGUAUUAAGAACACAUUUUAAGGAAGCUUAAGUUAACUGGUUGUGUUUCUGUUAUUGGAAGGAAAUGAUUACAUUCCCAUAGCACAUACUUUGCAUAUUCACAGCCAUGUGGUAAAGGACCUGUGGUAUGUGGUUGUAGUUGUAUUGAUCAUCCACAAAGCACAGAGUCUGAACUUGGAGCGUUACAAGUCUCUGUGCAAAAAUAAAUAUUAGUUUUAUCCAAACAUG